GUUGUCUGGCACCAAUUCGUAGAAUCUAUUCAGAGCUUCGCUGCUUGUGCUUGUUUUGAUAGUAUAUUGUAACUAUUAAGUUAUAGAUGUAGAAAUGUUUGAAUUUUCUGAAUAAUCCCUGUGCUAUGUUCAUGCUCCCGUGGCUUUGAGCUGAAGACUGAAAGACGACAAUCAAACAAUAUCCUGUUUUGCGGGAUAUUGAUUGUUGGAAAUGACCAGUCGCAUGCCUUGUGAAUGUUGUUCAAUUUGAUAUAGUCUUUUCUCACACGCAUUUAUAAAAUGAUUUUACAGUGAAAAGUAUGAAAUCUAAUUAAUCCACACACCAUCUCCAUGUUAUCUGCAACAAUAUCAAACAAGUUUUAAAGAGCUACAGAAGAAUCUACCUACCCCAUCUGGAAAUCUAUAGCUUAGUCAGCUAAAAAGUCCUGUUUGUGUGGAAAAGAGCUGCAGGCAGCACUCGGUGAGAAACUGAGAUGGAUAUGACUGAUCCGUCUCAAAAAAGAGAACUUGCCCAUAUGCAUGCAGUUUCUUUUCUCAAACUUCAGCUUUGUAUUUGCUUUUGAUUCUGAGUCCUAAUUGUGGCAAGUGUAGUAACAGGCUGACUAGGACUAAUCCUAGAUUACAUUGCUUGUUUUAGGGUGUUCUAUUGACUCAUCAGGAUGACAGACUGGAUCAUUGUUGGUGGCAAUCCAGGGCUGUUUACCAUUUAAUAAAUCAAAUUUCAUGCUACUAAAUUAAUUUAAUGUUGAAUUGGGAACCGCUUUAUUAAAAUGUCCAUUUAUGGUUUAUAGCUCAAGGACUAAACUAAAAUGUAGCUAUCAAAGAAUUUCACACUUUUUCAAAAAAGGUUCCACCAGCAGAGGGAGCAUGAACUGGGCAGUUGGUCUCCUGUAGAGUAUUUCCUGAUCCUGUGGUGACUAGAUCAUACAAUAAUAGACAACCGGUCAAGAAUCUAUGCCAGAUCUGCUCACAGCUGUGAAGCUCUUGGCCGGCUCUCCAGUUGAGAUAGCGGCAGCUUCUGUUGGGGAGACAAGUCUGGUGAAAGCUGUCCGGAAAAUGGAGGCUGAUGGAAAGGGUUUGGACUUCAUACUGGAGGUGGUAGAGCCAGAUGUUCUGGAAGCAACCACAGAGGUGGUAGCUGAAGAAGAAGCUGAAGAGGCAACUGUAGCUACCGAGGAGGAGGUGAAGUAUGCAGAGGCUGCUGAAGAGCUGGUAAAAGAAGAUACAUCUGCCCCUGCAGCAGAGGUGGAGGAGGUGGAGGAGAUGGCUGCAUCUCUGUCUGAGGAACCUACAACUUCAGCCCUGACAGCGGAGGAGGGUGUCUCCUCUACAGAUACAUCACCUGAAGAUACUGCUCCUGCUGAGGACACACCAGCUGAGGAGGCCACCACCACCACCCCCGCUGCUGAAGCUGUUCCAGUGGAGGAGACAACACCCGCUGCUGAGUCAUCGGUGGAGGACGUGCCAUCCGACGCAACAGUGGAGGCAGAUGACGCUUUGGCAACAACACACAGUGAAGCUGCAGCAGUUGUGGACACGUCUCAGCUGGCAGCCGCCUCCUCUGGGUCAGACCUGGAGGUCCUUUCAGCUGCUGAACCAGAAGCUGCAUCAGAGGCUCCAGUGCACGAGGCCAAGCACUGCCACUCUUGCCACUCUGCUCCAUCAGCAGCAGAGGAGGUGGCGCCACCAGCUGCUUUGGGAGUGCAGUGUGCCGGAGAGGAAGUUGUGGAUAUAACACAGGAGGUCGAGGAGCUACUGUCCCUGGUGGAAGGACAAAAGCCAGAGGUGUCUAUCUGGACAGUAAAACGCUGCUCAGUGAUGUAAUAUUACAGUUAAGAAGCCACAGAGACUAUGGUGGUGGCGACAACCCAUGUCAUGACAUGACGGACAGUGCCUUCCGCAACACGAGGAGAAAUGGCCACUGGUCUAUAGCGAAUGUGUCCUUUUUGAAAUGUGUUUUUUAAUGUUUCCUAUCUUCUGAUCAAUCAUCAUUAGUAUUUGUGAAAUGGUUCCCAUUAUGUCUCUUGUCCUCUAGGUGUCCCUGUAGCAAAGCUUUUCAAGUUGAAUGGAACACACGUUUCGUUGUAGUUUCUAAUGUAGUAGGCAGUGGAAAGAGGUUUAUGUAAUGUUGUGAUAGAUUUAUUUUCAUAGAUAUGCCUAAUCAACUUAACAAUAUCUACCAACCAAGAUUGCACAAUGAUUUUUUUAAGUGUGGAAUUAGUACAAAUAGGUGCAGACAUGAAUGACUGUUAAGUAGUUUAAGAAGAACGGUGUUAGUGUUGCUAAUUUGAAAGUGAACACAUGAGACAAAAUACUAGUAAAACGUAUUGCACCAAUGCUGAUAUUUGCUUUUUAAAGCUGACUUUAACUGAUAACAAUAGUAUAUCCAUAUAUUGGUAUAUAUCUGUUCCUCUUCUUUUCUUAUUGUAGAUAUAUGAUGUACAGGUUAAUUUCUCGUCAUUAUUAUCUAACAAUUAUAUAGCAUAACAAAAUAUUAAAUAGUUCAUAUACCUUUUUGUAUUUAGUUCAUUCUAAUGCAUUUGCUGUCAUGAUAAUGUGCUCACACAAACAUUUAAA